UAGAGAAAAGGAGUAAAUACACUAUAAAAAGUUGCUUCCUUUCUUCUCCGAAGGAGUCUUCUUUUUCCUCCUACUCAUUCUAAAAUCACGUUCUUUUUUAAAGUUAUGGUUCUUGCUCUUCAUUCUUGCAAAAACAUAAAAACUUUUAUGUAAAAAUGAACGGUGGAGAUCCAGCUUUCAAGCUCUUUGGAAGGAAGAUUCCUGUGUCUGAACCUCAGAUUCAUUCUGGGGAUUCAAGUAGUGAGGUAACCAACCCGGAAAUCGAAACUUUGAAAUCGAACACGUCUGGUGAGGCAGAUAAGUCCAUUGUGGUGGAAAAUGAUAAGGAAGAACACCAAACGUGUACGAAAUCGACUGAGACGCAAAUAGACGAACAGCCGGAGACAAAUGGAACCGAUCAAGAGAUAGUUUUCAAGAAGCCAGACAAGAUCCUUCCAUGUCCGCGGUGCAACAGCUUAGACACGAAAUUCUGUUACUUCAAUAACUACAAUGUCAACCAACCUCGACACUUUUGUAAGAAUUGCCAGAGAUAUUGGACUGCUGGUGGAACAAUGCGGAAUGUUCCCAUCGGUGCAGGUCGGAGGAAGAAUAAACACUUGGCCUUGCAGUACCGUCAGAUAAUAGUUUCUUCUGAUGGAGUACCAAUGACUCAGAUCGAAACCACCGACUCUGCUAAUCAACAGCUUCUAUCUCCUCGUGAAUCUACAACUGCCUUUAGGCCUUCCAUGGGGAAUGGAACAGUUCUGAAAUUCGGUGCCGAAGCGCCCCUUUGUGAAUCCAUGGAAACUGUCCUUAGCCUUGGAGACCAGAAGAGAUGUGUCCAGACUGGAACGGUCGGUUCCGUAGAAAUACGUGAGGAACCCUUUUCCGGCGGAUCUUCAGUGACACCUUGCAGCACACAGGGGAAUGAAUUUCCCGGACAUGUCAUACAAAGAGAGAGAAUAGGUUUGGCCGGACCUAAUGAGCAUAACACACAGCAUCUGCCACACUGCUAUCCCAUUCCACCCUGGAUUUUGCCUUGGAAUCAAGGACCGAAUAACGUAGCUCCUGUGGCAACCUUUCAGUGUUCUUCCGAUCAUAUUAGUGCAACAAAUAGUAAUAAUUCCAAUGCAGUUCCUCAAUGGUGCCCUACAUCAUUGGUGGCUGUUCCUGGAUUUUGCCCACCAAAUAUACCCUUACCGUUUGUGCCCGCCUAUUGGGGUUGUAUGCCUCUAUGGACCGCUCCCGGCGGAAUUGUAUCAUUCAAUGGCUCCAAUAGUUGCCUGUCCACAUCAUCCUCGACUAGCAACUGUUGCGGCUCUGGCAAUGUUUCACCGACACUAGGCAAACAUUCCAGGGAAGCAAAUUUCGUCGAGGAUGAGCAACCGGAAAAGUGUGUUCUGGUUCCGAAAACACUAAGAAUGGAUGAUCCAAAUGAAGCUUCAAGGAGUCCUAUAUGGGCAACAUUAGGUAUUAAACUCGAGAAGAAAGAUCCUUUCAAUGCCGUUGAAUCCAAAGCAGAAGGCAAAGAGAGCACAUGA